AUGGCUUCCUUCAAAGAGGUUUAUGGCCACGAAGGCAUCUUCAGCAUCGGUGACAGCGAUCCUCCGCCUGACACUGUCAGCGAGGCAAUGUAUAACAACACCAAGUUGGACAAAAUAGCGGGAAUCCACACGAACGAGGACGAAUUCAUGGAAGACGAUGACGAUCUACAAGACGAUAACGACGAGGACGAAGAUGAAAUCGAGGACAAAGACGAAGACAAUGAGGACAAGGACCAAUUGGCAGCCACAGCAAACCAGCCUUCGGAACAAUGGCGCCCUCUUCGUGUCAUCGCAGGUGCACACCAAGGGUGGGUUCGAGCAGUAACAGUGGACCCAGUCACCAACAAGUGGUUUGUCACUGGAUCCUCGGAUUCCACCAUCAAGGUGUGGGACUUGGCUACUCUGGCACUCAAAGCCACGCUCACAGGCCAUAUCAUGGGUGUCAGGGCAUUGGCAGUUUCCUCGAAAUUUCCGUACUUGUUUUCAGGCUCGGAAGACAAAACUGUUCGGUGCUGGGACUUGGAGAAGACAGACUCCGAAUCUGGAUGCCAGAUCAGAAACUACCACGGCCAUGUGGGAGGAAUUUACUCCAUGGCCCUCCACCCCGAGUUGGACUUGUUAUUCACUGGAGGAAAAGAUUCAGUGGUCAGAGUAUGGGAUGUGAGGUCCAGGGACCAAAUCAUGGUCUUGGCCGGUCAUCGAGGCGAUAUCACCUCCAUUGAGAGUCAAAUUGGCGACCCUCAAGUCAUCACUAGUUCUAUGGACUCCACAAUAAGGCUAUGGGAUUUGAGAAAACAAACCACCGCUCUAACAUUAACCCAUCACACCAAAAGCAUACGGCUGUUGGUGAUGCAUCCUCAAGAAAUGACCAUGGCUUCGGCUGACUCAGAUGGCCACAUCAAACAAUGGCUCUUACCUGGUGGUGAGUUAUUAAACGAAUUCGGAGAUGCUGAUAAUAGCAAAAUCAUAAACACCAUGGCCAUUAAUCCCGCGAACAAUCAUCUCUUUGCAGGUUUUGACGAUGGCAGAAUGGAAUUCUAUGACUACAUAAGUGGUGAGUUGAUCCAGGAGGAGAUAUCAAGUCCAUUAGCCGGCUCUAAUGAAUCACCAAUUUAUGCCAGCACUUUCGAUUUGUCGGGAUUACGUUUGAUUAGUUGUGAAGGUGACAAGAGUGUUAAAAUUUGGGGGUUAUGA